UUCAGGAAAUACACAAAAUGCAGCCUAUUUCAUAUGCAUUUCGGGCACAUUGGUGCCAGCAGUCCUGCUUUAAAUAGUCAUCUACCUUCCACGCCUACCUGGCGCUGCAGCCCACCUGCAUACGGUCGGCUGUGUGGUGGUAACCCUUUGCUGAAAUAGGCAGUUGAGGCAGCACACUGCAGCCAGGACUUGUCACAUUACUCUCAACUCCACUGCGGGACGAGGGCACCUGAAUGCAGGCCUUGAGGGUGGUAAAGAGUGUGAGUGAGACAAGCCCAAACACAGGGAAACAAGGACGCCUUUGCAGCAGCAACAGAGUCUGACUUGGGAGACACUAUUUCUUCUUGAUACAAGGGGAUAGCAGCUGUGUGUCGGUAGAGAUUGUGGUUAAAAAUACUCCAGCUCCUUUGUAAGACUUUGGAUCUGUUUGGAAAAAUACAGCACAAUGGAUAAGGAUGCUCCACUGGACUAUGAGUACCCAGACCUAGAUCCUCUGCCAUCCAAAAUUGAAGCAGAAGUAAUCCCUCCAUGUGACCCUACUGCUGAUGACAGGCUCUACCAUAUAUGCAUCACUGCGAUAUCUCUUGUUGUCAUGCUGAUCCUAGCAAUCUUAGCCAGGCGCACGAAGGUGGGCGACGGACAGAAAGGGCUCCCAGGUUUACUCAGUCCGGUCAACUUUCUGGACCAUACACAGCACAAGGGCCUGGCAGUGGCUGUGUUUGGAGUGCUCCUGUGCAAACUAUGGGGCCUGAUCAUAUCGCCAAACCCCCUCCCCUUCAUAGCAGACACAGAGAACAAACAUAACUGGGUGAUUCUGGGAGUCUUCUACUAUCCAGCACUAUAUUACCCUCUGCUGGCAUGUGGUACUUUACAUAAUAAAGUAGGCUAUGUUCUUGGUAGCCUUCUAUCAUGGACCCACUUUGGAGUUCUGGUCUGGCAGAAAAUUGACUGUCCCAAAACACCUUUGAUACACAAACACUACUCGCUUUUCUCCAGCCUUCCCCAGAUAGCUUGCUUGGCAUUCCUUAGUUUCCAGUAUCCCCUUCUUCUGUUCAAGGGCUUACAAGGCACUGAAAAGAACAAUGCUACAGAGGAUCUCAGCAGCAGCUACUAUAAAGACUAUGUGAAGAAAAUGCUCAAGAAGAAGCCCUCCAAAAUAAGCACAUCGAGCACAGAGACGCCAAAGCUCCCUCAAAGAAUAAUUGAUGCUGUGAAGUCAUACAUUUAUACACCAGAAGAAGCUUUCCGUUUUCCACUGAAGUUGGCUAUAUCUGGUGUAGUGUCAUUUAUAACCGUGUAUCAGGUGGGUCUUCUGCUGAUCUCGUUAGUGGUGCCAUCUCUUCAGACUGCCCGUUAUGGAGUCGAUGAAGACGUCGCCAAACUUUUAGCUGGCUUCAAGAUUAUGCUGUCUCCAGACAAACAUGAAGUUGUCAGAAUAGUGGUUUAUUACGUGUGGUGUGUAGAAGUGUGCUAUAUCUCAGCGAUGACCCUGUCUGGCUUGGUCAACCUGGCUAUGCUCAUGCGGUCCAUGGUUCUGCAUCGGUCAAACCUGAAGGGGCUGUACAGAGGAGAUAUCUACAAUGUUUACAACUGCCAGAGAAGUAUCAGGGCUUCCCGGCCAGCACUGGUCUGCUGGAUGGGAUACACCAGCUUCACGUCAGCUCACAUCUGCAUUGGCAUGAUGAUCCAGACCAUGGUGUUCUUCCUCUGCCUUCUGGUCGCUGUCUUCCUCAUUAUCAUGCCAGUACUGCACGGACAGAAUCUGAUCCUCUUUCAGAUCCUGUUGAGCAUGUGGCCCUUCUGGCUGAUGAUUAUCUUGGCUGUGUUGAUUCAACAUAUCACUGGCAGGUUUUGCUUCAUCAAGAAAACAGCAGGCACACGAGACCUAGACAACAGGGGUAAUCUGUUCCUGCUUACUUACCUGCUGUUUCCCGUCAAUGUUCUGAUCGGGGUGCUACUGGCUCUGUGGCGCAUGGUCAUCACAGCCCUGUUUAACAUUGUCCACAUGGGGCGCAUGGAUAUCAGUCUUCUUAACCGCAAUGUGGAGGCAUUUGACCCAGCCUACCGCUGCUAUGCUCAUUAUCUGAAGAUUGAGGUGAGCCAGUCUCACCCUGUGAUGAAGGCCUUCUGCGGGAUGCUGCUGCACUCUCUGGGACAGGAGAGCAAUGCUGCACAGAGGCCACGGGAUGCUGAAGAGGGGAUCCAGCUGGUCCAGCAGGAAAAGAAACAGCUCCAAGCGUCCAUUGCCAAGAGGACCCGCCGGCACUGGCACCUCCUCUACACCCUGGUCAACAACCCCUCCCUGGUGGGUACCAGGAAGCACUUCCAGCGUCAGACCACAGAAAGCUUUCUGAAUGGAAGCCUCAACCGCAGCGCCAAGGUGGGCAGCAAAAAAGAGGCAGCAACCAAGGAGGCAGAGAGGGCUGCCAGCAACUGAACAUGACUUUGACCCUGAUUAAGGAUUGGCUUGAAGGUUUCUUUUGGUUUGGGGAAAAUUCUACAGUCAUAUUUGUUCACGCCUACUGUAGAUGUGUUUGCAUUGGGUAAAAUAAGUGCACUUAUAGUUCAGUGCCAUAUGUAAAGAUAUUCAUCAACCCUUCCCUGUAUGGAGAUUGUGUGUCACUCUGUCCUCUUCAUUUCCCCUGGCUGUUUUAUAUGAGGGGGCCACAGUCUCCAGUCUGAUGAGGAAAGCUUAUGUGGCACUGACCUCCCAUCUAAACACACUCAUUAUGUGUAAACACGUGUGCUUAUUUUGGGAUAACACUGGUUUGCUUUAUGUUUCAACCUGUAGGUUAAUCACAUAUGUUUUCCACUGUGUUGUUAUUAUCAUAUAGUGCAGACAAUGCAAAUGUGUAGUUGCCCAAACUAAACACAUGGAUUUAAAGAGGGUAUUAUUUAGUAGAACAUUUCACUAUUUAUGGAUUUACUGAAUACGGUUUCAUAGACUGGGUAAUACAUUUCUUUUUUUCAAUUGUACACAAUUUGUGUAAUUAACAGUAACCUGUGGAAUAGGAACUAUCAGACCAAAUGAAACUGUUUUUUUCUCGGGGUUGGUUCUGUUUUAUUUGGAGAUCUUUUAAUAGUCAUGAGCCACUUGCUGCUAUACCAGCGUUUUGUUAUUGUGGUGGAAAGUCUUUUCUGGUUUCUGAUAUUCACCAACAUUACAUCGUUUGCCUCUGCAUUUACAUUAAAAAUGACGAUGAUGAAUUUUCAAGUGAAAAUAGAACACCCGAAUUUUCCUUCUGAUUUCUGUGAAAAUAAAACUGAAACACAAA